UUGUCGCGCCGCGGUGGAUGAUGGAAGAUGAAUGAAGCGUCUAGCUAGCGACAACAACAACAACAUUACAGCAUAUUAACUGGCACGAAUAUACCAGAACAAGAAACCACUGAACAAUAAAGACACAUGGGAUCUGUGAAAGGGAGCCGCCCACUGGGCUUCGCAUGCUUUGCCACACAAGCUAAGCAGGACAGCUAGCUAGCUAGUUGAUCCGUGGGGGCAUGCUAAUAACAAACGCUAGCAUGCACUGGGAGGAUGCGAUGUUGAAGCUGUCACUCUGACUACGAAAAACAGACGAUCGAGAGAGGCUGAGGUAACCGUGCCACCAUGUACUCGAGUCCCAACAACCACAUGAAGUGCAGCAGCAGCAGCAUCACUGAGCUGCUGGGUGCCCUGUGCGACUGCAGCCUGUCUGGGGUGUCCUGGAAGCGGCGGGCCCUGGGUGGAGUCUCGAGAGAAGGUUUCCGUAGAGCUCUCAAGAAGUGUGCCUACGGCUCGCUGCUGUCUAAGCUAUUUCAAGAUGACACCAAAGGGUCCACCUCAGGAGCGAGUGCCACAGCUAACACACCGGCCAAAAACAAAGUCCUGAUGAUCUGCUUUGACUUGCGGGUGGCGGGGUGCCGAGAGGAAGCAGAGAAGUUGGAGGAGCAGCUGGGGAUGCUGCUGGAGGGAGCGUCCUCUGGCCUGAAGGAGAUAGACGCAGUCAUUGAGCUGUUGGUACAUCUCGCUGGUUCGGCACCGCCACCCCCUACAUCUUUUAGCAGGGACUACAUGAGGCGAGAGAGGCCCGUGCUGCGGAGGCCUCGACCCUGGGGCUACCAGAGCGAAGAGCUGCAGAGGCUAGAAGCCCGGGCAUGGGGUCUAGUAUGUGGAGAGGAGUGGGGAACUUUGGAAAGUUUGUGUGGAACUCAGAGGUUGAUGGAUGCCCCUCCAGGCACAGGACUGCUGGCUAUGAGAACUAAAUUGGAAGCGGAAGAAAGAUUUGAGAGGGAUACCAGGAUGACGCUGUUUGGAGCACUGCAGCACUCUCGAACCUCAGACAUAGACAUAAGACUGGACCUGCCUCCUGUUCCCAGUAAUAUUGAUGUAACUGGGCUGUCUAUAAGGGUCCCCUCGUGUUUAGAUCAGUCUGAGGAUGAGGGCUUCCAGUCCGCUUCCAACAUGACCCCAGACUCUCAGUCAGAGACCAGCCCCAUUCCAGACGUUGAUAUAUGGGAGGCUCUCCGCACGUUUGAGCCUGGAAGACGCCGCUGCUGGGAGUCUGUUGGCUGCCCCCCGGGGAAAAGAGAGUCACUCUAUCUAACAGAGGGAGGCAGGGAGGCCUUUGACCAGCUUUAUCGUCUAUGGGAGGGGGAGAUGAGAGUGGUCAGCACUGCUACACCCUCUCCUCUCCUUCCGCUGCCCCUGGACUCUCAGGCACAAUUGGUAUUUGACCUCCUCAACGUCUUGAUCGGAGUGGCAUCCACGACCUUCCCUCUCAACCAGAGUGUUCAGUUUGAUGUCAGACCUGGUGUGUGCGUGUCAGGAGCCUCCCCAGAGAGUGUGUGUCGUCUUUUGGGGGAGCUGGCCCUGCACGGCACCCACUACUUGAGGCUUAGUCGCUUUUCUCUCCAGAGUGCCGACAAAAAAGGCCUCGUCUUUCAGGCUUUUACAGGUGGUAUGCGGAAGUAUCUGCAUUACUACAGGGCUUGUGUUCUCAGCACUCCACCCACCCUCAGCCUGUUGACCAUUGGCUUCCUCUUCCGCAAAGUGGGCCGCCAACUAAGGUACCUGUCAGAGCUGUGCUGCGUAGAUGGGCCUUUAGGUGCAGGCCAGGCUACCUUCCCCGUGGGUGUGAAACUGCUGUCCUACCUGUACAAUGAAGCACAGAAUAACUGCAGCAACGAGAACUAUCCGGUCCUGCUGUCGCUGCUGAAGAGCAGCUGUGAACCGUAUACACGGUUUGUGUCUGACUGGGUGUAUAGUGGCGUGUUUCGGGACGUUUAUGGAGAAUUCAUGAUCCAGGUCAAUGAGGACUAUCUCGGCUCCAGAGACAAACACUUUUGGGUCCAAGGCUACACUCUGAUCUCGAAGGAUGUGGAGGAUUGUGUGCCCAUCUUCCUGGGACACAUCGGCAAUGACGUGUACGUCUGUGGGAAGACCAUCAACCUCCUCAAGAUCUGCUGCCCGCAGCACUACAUCUGUUGGUCGGAGCUGCCGGUGCCUCGCAUUGCUGUCACCUUCUCCCUCCAGGAGGUGGAGGAGAUCGAGAGGGACUGCGCGGUGUAUCGCGGACGCAUGGAGAGGGUUGCCAAGCACAGUGCCAUCAGCAGGGAGGAGCAAGCCCAGCGAGUGGAGGAUGCACGCCAGGAGCUGAUCAAUCAGGUCAGAGAGUCGGCGGUUAAAACCCUGGAGAGCAUUCGCGGGCGCCAGGUGUCACUUCGUCUGGCUGACGAGGCCAAGAAGAGAGAGCGUUUUGACGAACUGAAACAGCAGCUGGAGCAGGAACAAGAGUGGCACAGUGUCGCCAAGAAGAGGCAGGAGGAGGAUGACUUUGGCUUUGCCAGAGAGCUGAGGGAUAGAGAAAAAAGACUACAAGCCUUGGAGCAGCAACUGGAGGAGAGAGCCAGGAAGGAGCUGAUCGCUCAGUACAGCCGUCUGUCGGAGGAGGCGGCUCGCAGAGAGAGACGGGCCAUGUGGCAGGUGCAGCGAAUGAGGCUCGACGAAGCCAGGGCUCAGUUCUUCAUGCAUGACACGCAGCAGACUCAGGCAAUGCUAAAUAAAUAUCCAUUAGGCCAGGAGAGACCUCCCAUGGAAGUGUUGCCUCCUGUUCCCUCAGCUCCACAGACUGCACCACAACCAACACUGGAACCUCCCAGUCAGGAUCCGUCUGAACAGCGGCUAGCGGAGACUCAAGAAUGUGAUGCUGUAUCACCACCACCUGACCCAUCUUUGCUCACCCUACCAGCUGACCCUGUCCUCAUCUCUGAGGACAUCAACAUCAAGCGGGUAGACCUCGCCCUACAGGAGAUCAGCUCUGACCUACCUGAGGUGUGUCCGACAGCACAACUAGUAGACUAUGACUUCAGUGCCCCCUUUAGUCCACUUGAGGGUAUCACCGGUCAAGCCUUAAUCCAGCCACGGCCUUGCCGGGGAUCUGCAGUUCAGCCUGACUUGAUCCGAAACCAUCCGUCUUUUUCCCACAUCCCCAUUGGAGAGAACAUGUCUCAGUUCCAGGAUGGUUUUCCCAAAGCCAGCCCCUUUGGCCAAGCCUCCAAAUCCAGCUUUCCUCUUGGCCAAUUCACCGCAGAGGAGCCCCAGAAUACAUUCAAAGCAAGCAGUUAUGGACAUCCCUCUCAAGCCACAGUGCAGCUAACGGAUGAGAGUGGCUCAAUGGCAAAAAACAAGCAGAUGGAGGUUGCAUCUAUGAUAGAACCGGUAAUUGAAAUGGGAAAUUUAGAACGCACAGUAGAGGGAAAUGAUGGCACCGGUAAAUCAGUUAAGGCUGCAAAAAAUGAUGAUGUGGUUGAUUCCCCAUCCACUACACCAGAACAAAGUGGCGAGGAUAAUGGUGUUUGCUGUGUUGGGAUUGAUCCACUUGAUGCAAACACUAAACCAAGCACUCAAGACCACAGUUCGGAUGUUCAAGUUAAAGCGGGUGAUAAUAUUUCUUUGACAAACAUUCAUGUCUCCAGUGCUCACCUAAAAGCUGGAGAGCCGGCUUCAGAUGCCGUUGCCCAGCAGCCUUCAUCCAGCAUCCAUGGACAGUUCUCUGAGGCUCACUUAAAUGUCAGACAGCUUGCAUCAGAGGUAACCGAUCCCCUCCCCUCCCCUAACGUCCACGGUCAUGCAUCCGAUUCACAUAUCAAGAUUGGAGAACAUAUUUCGGAAGUUGGUGCGCCUCUCCCUUCCGCCAGCGUUCAUGGCCACUCUUCUGACGCUCACAUUAAAGUCGGGGAAAAUGUUGCCGAGUUUGUCGCUCCUCUUCCCUCUCAAAAUGUCCACGGUCAUGCCUCAGAUGCCCACAUCAAAGUCGGUGAGCAUGUUUCAGAUGUAGUUGCCCCUCUGCCCACCCCCAGUGUCCACGGUCACAGUUCAGAUGCCCACAUUAAAGUCGGCGAAAAUAUCUCGGAUGUCGUUGCACCACGUCCUGCUCCCAGCGUCCACGGCCACUCCUCUGACGCCAAUAUAAAAGUGGGCGAGUUUGUGUCGAACGUACCUGAAGAGAGACCUCGUUGGAGUAAACACGGGCAUGCCUCCGACUGCAUGCUUCAGCCCGGCUGCGUGACGUCUGGAGCUGAACCCGCCUCGGCUGCUCUCCCUGGAAGCUCGUAUGGUCACUCCUCGGACUCGGGGUUGGCGACUGGAUGUGUCGUUUCGGGAGAUGGACCCAAACUGUCUCCUCUACCCGGCAGCGCCCAUGGUCAUUCUUCAGACUCAAAUUUAGGCAUGGGAUGCGUCGUGAGCAAAACUGAACCGCUCCCAUCACCACUACCAGGCGGCGUGUACGGUCACUCUUCUGAUUCGACGCUGGGCGGGGGUUGUGUGGUGUUUGGGACGGAGGCACAACCCGCCGCUCUGCCUGGCAGCACUUUUGGCCACUCAUCGGAUUCUUCACUUGCAGUUGGGUGCGUGGUGAAGGACAAAGACAUCUUAAAUCAGGAGAAGACGGAAGACAAUGAAGAUGUUAAAGGUUCUAAGCCUGCCGGCCCUGGGGAGGAGCUGGUGGAGUUCACGGGGUCCUGGGCUGCAGGCUUCGGUUUGUCCCCUGGAGAAAAGUCUGAGCAGGAAUACCUCCUGGCUCUGUGUGCUCAGUACGAGGUGGAGCAAUACGAAGACUGCUACAACCUAAUGGCUUCGUCCCCCGAGUGUCAGCUGCUGAAGCAGGUAACUCGGGGCCCCCGGGGACUCGCCAUGGACCCCACUGCUGUCCAACUCAGCGAGAUGGUUUCCCUGCCAGUUCUGAUAAAACAGGCCGUCACCACCCCGCUCAUCACACAUGUGUCUUUGGUGAACAAGGCAGUGGUGGACUACUACUUCGUGGAGUUGGGGGUGGAGAGGCACUUUGAGGCACUGCGCCACUUCCUGCUGAUGGAGGACGGCGAGUUCGCCCAGUCCCUCAGCGAUCUGCUCUUUGAAAAGCUGGGCGGUGGCCAGACGCCCGGCGAGCUGCUGACCCCCCUGGUCCUGAACUCCAUCCUCAGCAAGGCCCUGCAGUACAGCUUACACGGGGACACCCCCUUAGCUGGUAACUUCACCUUCGCCCUGCGCUUCCUCCCAGAGACCUUCCACCCGCACGCCCCCGACUCUCUCAACUGUCUGGAGCUCCGCUACAAGGUGGACUGGCCGUUGAACAUCAUCAUCACGGACAGCUGCAUGAACAAGUACAACCGUCUGUUCUCGUUCCUGCUCCAGCUCAAACACAUGGUGUGGAGCCUGCGUGAAGUCUGGUUCCACCUCAAGAGAACAGCGCUGGUGAAAGGAGCCGGUCGCUCGGUGCAGUUUCAUCAGCUGCAGCUGUACAGACAUGAGAUGCAGCAUUUUGUCAAGGUGAUGCAGGGAUACAUCGCCAACCAGAUCCUGCAAGUGUCCUGGAGCGAGUUCACAGCCAAGCUGGCCUCCGCCAGCGACCUGGACGCCAUCCACCGUACGCACGCAGACUACCUCAACAGAGCCAUCUUCAGGGGUUUGCUGACGGAGAAGGCGGCGCCGGUCAUGAACAUCAUCCACAGCAUCUUCAGCCUGAUCCUCAAGUUUCGGGCCCAGUUGAUCGCACAGCCCUGGGGCAGCCAGCAGGGGGAGGCGGUGCACCCCAGCUUCAUUGCCAUGCAGCAGUCGUACAACACCUUCAAGUAUUACUCUCACUUCCUUUUCAAAGUGGUGACCAAGCUGGUGAACAGAGGCUACCAGCCUCAUCUGGAGGAUUUCCUUCUUCGCAUCAACUUCAACAACUACUACAAAGACUCCUGAGCUGUGUUCUGGUGUGUAUGUUGUGGUACUUGACACGAUACCGGCAUACGUGUUAGCUACUGAUACAAGGCACCAUGAGUGUUUACUACUCUUUUUUUUAAAAUCCCCAAUGUGUUUAUAAGACAGAUAAUCAUAUUUACGUGUGUGUGUAUAUAUAAUGAAUUCAGUUCAUCUGGCCCUCAUUUCGGUGUACAAAAUAUAUCUUAAAACCCACCUGUGCUUUAUUUUAAAGGCAUGCAUUUAGCAUUUAAACAUGUUGAGGCAAUCAAUGUGCAGGAUUUGAACUCUGUCUGUGUGCUUGAUGAAUGGCUUCUAAACUGUAUGCUGCCAAAGUCUGUAGUUGAGAUGCUAAUGCCGACUGUCUCACCCCCAGGUGUGCCUGCAGCCGUGUAGAUUUUAAGUACAUAUACAUUAAGUGGCAGUUAUAUGUAAAUACCAAACCAAUAAAUGCUCUAUUCUCUA